UUAACGAUGGACGCGGAUGAAAAUUACUCGCUUAAAAUUGAGGCGGAGGAAGUUAUUAAAGAAAUUAAAUAUGCUGUAAAUAGUGUUGAACUUUCGAAAGUACUUCAAAGUACAGAUGAAUAUGCCUUCUUUAACUUGGAAACGAAGGAGAAUCACCAGUAUUGUGUUGAACUUUCACCAAAGGGUUUCCGUUUGGCGGGUAAACAGUUUGAUGUGCUAGACCAACAAGAGGGAGAAUCCAAAUUUUAUGAGACAAUCUAUUCAAUGCUUGACUCCAUUAGUCCUGGGUACCGCAAUACCUUUGGUGAUACACUUAUCCAGAAGCUCCAGGGCCUUCACAGUAUGCAGCGAUCAGAAGGGUCAGCGGACAGCUGACAUUCGUCCAAUAAAUAGCUGGCAUGAACAACAGGAGAACACAUACACAUGGAAAAAAAAUGUGUGUACAUGUGCACGUACAUUUAUGAAUCAAGUGCUUGCUUAGCAAUGUACAUGUAUUUAGAUUAUUAUAGUUGAUUGGAGGUGAUAUUCUGAGAGAUGCGUAUAACAUAGGUUGCAGUCAAGGAACACUCUAGAUAGCUAGAUAUGUAGCAUGAAGCUAUAUAUAUCUACAUGGGUGAAGAUAUCUUCAAAAACCUUGGACUUUGUAUUAGAUACAGACUGAAUGAACUGUAGGUUUUAUGUUCUUUUUGUAACACCAGCAUACUCCUGUCAGUUACACAGUUCUGGUAGAUGGAUAGUCGAAAUGAAGUUAUGAACUGCCAUCUUUAGAUGCUGAUGAAUUCACAUUUAAUUAUGUGCUGACUUCUGCAAAAACUCGUCAAUUUCAAAACUGUUAUCACCUUUGAAGGUCAAAGACAUCAUUUAUUGUAUAUAUUUGUUAGUUAUAUGGGACCUGAUAAGUUAGUUAUAUUAUUUUUGACAAAUAUCUUAAGACCAGCAGGUAUCUAGGUCUAGAAUACUAACAUUUGCAAGCCAGUCUCGGAAUGCUGUCUUGUCAUUGGUUAAUUUCAAGAUUGUGAUCACAAAUAGCCAAUCAGAUGCAGAUAUUUACAGACUGGUCUACAACAGAAGUUUAUAACUUUGGACCAAAGACUUCCAAAACACACAGAUUAAUUUUGUGUUAUGACAAUGUUUUCCCCCAAGAGAUUUGGCAAAUGUGCAACUGUUCUAAAACUUGAAGUAUUGCUUGAUUGCUGUGUAACUUCUAUAUAGAAUUGUAAUAUAAUAUUGAGUUUGAAAUUCUUAGUAGUUUUACCAGAAAAAAAACAA